UGUGUGUGUGUGUGUGUGUGUGUAUGCGUAUGUUUUGUUACAAUUUGGAAACAUGCCCAUAUUUAUUUCUAUACUGUAGUUCGAUGUUUGUAUUUAGAGGAGAGGAUUAAAAGCAAAGCACUUUUUUAAGCCUACAGAAAUUCCUUAGAUUUCUUCUCUUUUUUUGUUCGAAUGGUCACGUGUGCACUUUACCCAAUCAAAUGGCAGUUGCUCUCAACUUAUUAGCUGAAUGGUGUUUUGUGAGGGGAAAGUUUCCUCCUCAUUUUCACAGAUUGUUAUUUUGUGAGCGUGCUACUGUAUGUGUUUGUGUUAGUGUUUUUAUGUGUGUGUAUGAACGAGAGUGCGUCCCGGCCAUGUCGACAUCCGGAGCUCUGACAGGAUAUUAUGUUGACUCCCUCGUUAUGCCGGACAACGAGGAGAAUCGUUUCUCCUCAGGUUCAGGACCCAUUCAGCACAGGCCCUCCGUUCUACCGAGAGACCGUACAGAGCUCGGUCCCUGCGUAUUCCCGGCAAAGGAACCCGUUUAUGGUGGCUCGGGUUGGGGCCACAUCCCAACGCGUUACUCCAGAGGUGUACCGUCAGUGUAUCCGCCGCAUACGCAACCACCAGUAUCUGGGGAUUACGUGCAGUCUUGGCUUUUGGACUCUGCAUGUGGGCUGCCACUAACUGAGGUACCGACGAUCCAUCAGCACUAUCAAGCCAAACCUGAUACAAAUAGAACGAAUGAUAACGGCACAGAGUCCAGUUCACAUGCCGUACUCCCUUCUGGAGUCUUCACUAACGGAGGAUGUUCUACCGAUACUGAGACCGUAUUAGGCCGGACUGCUGACAAGGGAGGCGAUGUAGAGGAGAAACCGGGCGCUGAUCCAGACAAUCCUGUGUCCAACUGGCUACACGCGAGCUCGACGCGUAAAAAACGAUGCCCUUAUACUAAGCACCAGAUCCUUGAGCUGGAAAAAGAGUUUUUAUUUAACAGUUACCUCACGCGCGACCGGCGGUACGAGGUCGCCCGUGUACUGAACCUCACGGAGAGGCAGGUCAAAAUUUGGUUCCAAAACCGCAGGAUGAAGAUGAAAAAAUUAAACAAAGAUAUAAGGAAGGACGACUAAGAUGCAAGUCGUGUAGGUGAGGAUGUGUGAAGAUCCAUCCCUGAAA